AAUUCCAUAGGUUUCUUUUUUGUCAUUGACAAAGUCAAGGGCCUUCAUGCAUUGGCUCUCCCCCCUUUCAAAUUAAUACACAAGCAAACACAACCAUUAUAUAUAGGUGGAUCCUUAGCCUUUUAGUUGUGAGCCUUUACCCUCUCUCUCUCUCUCUCUCUCUCUCUCUCUCUCUCUCUCUCUCUACAAAGUGAAUGUGUUGUUGAUCUAUACUAAGAUGGCUAAGAGUUCAUCAUGGAAGUUAUUUUGCAUGGGUUGUUUUGGGGGUGUUGAAGAGAUAAGCACAAAGAAGAGCACAAAAGGAGGAGAAAAGAAGAGCAGCCACUGCAGCAACAAUAGCUCAAGUUCUCCUUCAAGGCUCUCAUUCUCAAGUUUGGAUUCCACACAAGCCCUCUCUCCCGAAGACCUCUCGUUGACGCUCUCGGGUUCGAACCUCCAUGUGUUCACCCUCGCGGAGCUCAAAGCCGCGACCAAGAACUUCUCGACGACGAACUUCCUCGGCUCGGGCGGCUUCGGCCCAGUCUACAAAGGCUUCGUCGACGAGAAGUUGCGGCCCGGGCUCAGGGCUCAGCAGGUGGCUGUGAAGUACUUGGACUCAGAAGGAGUGCAAGGUCAUAGAGAAUGGCUGGCUGAGGUGAUCUUUCUAGGGCAAUUGAGGCAUCCUCAUCUGGUGAAGUUGAUUGGUUACUGCUAUGAAGAUGAGCAUAGAAUGCUAGUUUAUGAGUACAUGACCAAAGGGAGCUUGGAGAACCAUCUUUUCAAAAGAUAUCUAGCUGCUUUACCGUGGUCGGCGCGAAUAAAGAUCGCGGUUGAAGCCGCGAAGGGCCUCGCCUUCCUUCACGAUGCCGAGAGGCCCGUCAUUUACCGCGAUUUCAAAGCUUCCAACAUAUUAUUAGACUCAGACUUCAAGGCGAAGCUCUCGGACUUUGGGCUCGCGAAGGACGGCCCGCAAGGAGACGACACUCAUGUCACGACACGCGUCAUGGGCACGCAAGGCUACGCUGCUCCAGAGUACAUCUUAACUGGCCAUCUUACUACGAAGAGUGAUGUCUACAGCUUCGGAGUUGUACUGUUGGAGCUAUUGAGCGGUCGUCGAUGCGUCGACAGGGCUCGACGAGACAGAGAACAGAACCUUGUGGACUGGGCCAGGCCUUAUUUGAAGAAGCCCGAUAAGUUAUACCGGAUCAUGGACCCGACCCUCGAAUUGCAGUAUUCUCACAAAGGAGCACAAAAGGCUGCUGCAGUUGCUUAUCAGUGCUUAAGCCACAGGACGAAAUCACGGCCUAGCAUGAAAGAGGUCGUCGAGGCGUUGGAGCCGCUUUUGGAGCUCAGGGAUGUGCCGAUCGGCACGUUCGUGUUCACGGUCGAGGGAGAUGAAGGCGAGGAAAACGAGACGAAGAAGAUCGACAUGAAGGUCGAACUGACGGGCAGAGAGGAACAGCAAAGUGAUCAUCAUGAUCACCAUCAUAUGAGGCAUAAAAAGCGGUACCCGAACUCCGCGAUUCAUGCCGAAAUCGUGCUCCGGAGAGACCGGAGUGGAUCGUACACCAACUCAUUGCGAAAGGGCCAGAGCUCGCCGAGCCACCAACGCGAUAGAGGGGCGUAAGUCGCCGCGAACAUCAACGUAUUAGUUGUACAUAUACAAAUGUGAAAUUGAGAGAAAGCUCAAGCUCGACGUAUAGAUGCCACCAACGCGAUAGAGGGGCGUAAGUCGCCGCGAACAUCGACGUAUAGAUGCCAAAAUAGCAAAUUGUUUGUUGUUACAAUAAGUACAGUGUGAUUUUUUUUUAUUUUUUUUUUUUUUGGUUUUUUGAUAUGAAAUUGAGAGAAAGCUCAAGCUCAGUGUUCUUUUUGUGCUCUGCUAGCCAAAUUAUUUUCGAAACAAUCAAGAGUAAAUUGUGCUAAAAAAAAAGUGUAGAGAAAAAAAAAAAAAAAAAAAAAAANAAAAAAAA